CAUUGGAUCUAUUGAAUGUGUUAAUGCCAAGCCUAAUUGAUUUAUACAUGCCAAUCCUUUAUUAUCUUUUUCAAAGUAUAAAUUAUGAUUCGAGCUAUGCUUUCUAUAGCAAAUUACCUCUAUAAGCUUCACAACAAAGAAAUAGAGUGAUUGCGCAGCUCUACUAUUUCUGUUGUGCAUAAGGAUUAGCUUUUGCUUAAAAAAAAAAGAAAAAAGAAGGUAUUUAAUCUUUUUUUUUUCCUUUUUCCUUUUGCUCUUUUCUUUUUACUCCUUUAUUUUUCUUCGAUUAUGCUUCAUCCUGCUAUAUUAUUUGGAGGGUUCUUUAUGAUUGCAGCAGGUGUUACUGGCUAUACAAUAUUUCAAGUAUUACAAGAGCAAGAAUUUUGCCAAGAAGACUACCCAGACAUGUUUCGCUAUAGUCAUGAUUUUGAUUUUCAUGAUAUGAAUGAGAAGCAAGAAGUAUUUACUAGUGAUCGAUAUGAUCUAGUUCAAGAAAACACAACACUACGCAACAGAAAAUUACCUCAAGAAACACAAGAGACUGCGGAACAAGAAUUAAAGCAGCUGGAAGAAAGUCUAACUGAAAGAAAACGAAGACUAUUGGCUGAACAAGCUUUCUUGGACAGAGAAGAAGAACAACUUCGUCAAAGACAAAAUGAAUUGAUGCAAAAUGAACAACAGUUGAAUCAUGUGACUGAUUCGCAAGCCAAUACACCCUCUGUUGCUGCUAUUGAAAAUCCCUUCUUUGAUAAUCAUGAUACUUCGAGUAGCGAAGAUGAUGAUGAUGAUGAUGAUGAUGUGAAUGAUAGCCAUAAUACUAUCUUGGUUCAUGAAACAACAGUAGAUACGCCAAACCAUGAUGAGGUGGCAUCAACCUACUCUACAAGUAUCUUGGAUUUAAGCAACCAUUCCUUGUCAGAUAGUAUCCAAUCACCUCGCCUUAUUGCUUCUUCUGACUCUGAAGAAAGUUGGGAUGCUAUGAGUGCUGGUGAGCUGAAUGAAUUAAACAGCCGCCGUGAAUCCACUCAUUGGGAUGAAUAAUAAAAAUGUGCUAUUGUGGCUUGCUUAUCUUACGCAAUAGUGCUCGUUACACGAUGCUUAUGUGCUAUACAUAAACACUUAUGAAUACAAAUAAAACGACUCCGUAAUUUUCUUUUAUUCAUCUCAAUGUUUCAAAGUGAUAGUCUGUAGCAUAAAUAAAGCCAAACAACAGAGUGUGGGAUUGUAAUUUGAUAUAUUUGG